AAUUGUCAUAAGUUGAUAACUUUAUCGCUAAAUAAAAACAAUAAUCAUAAACACCGAGAAAUAUUUUAAAUUUAUAAAAGUAAAUUGAAUUCUUUCACCCUGUCUUCCCAACAUUCCUCUUUCAAAGGCUCGGGUAAAUCCGCAAGGAUGCAAAACAUAGCCAAAAUGAUAACAGAGCAACUACGCAAUCCAAAUGAAUUGGAUAUAAGUUUAAGAAUGGAGUUUGGCCCAUUUGAAACAGUCCAUAAAUGGAAAAGGAUGUCUGAAUGUUAUGAAUUUGUUGGAGCCAGACGAAGUAAACAUACUGCAGUGGCUUAUAAAGAUGCUAUAUAUGUGUUUGGUGGUGAUAAUGGGAAAUCUAUGUUGAAUGAUCUUAUAAGAUUUGACAUAAAAGAAAAAUCGUGGACCAAAACUGGAUGUAUGGGAACCCCACCUGCACCACGAUAUCACCAUUCAGCAGUGGUUCAUCGUUCUUCUAUGUUUGUGUUUGGUGGUUACACUGGAGAUAUUUUAGCAAACUCGAAUCUUACAAAUAAAAAUGAUCUAUUUGAAUACAAGUUUCAAAGUGCACAGUGGGUCCAGUGGAAGUUUACAGGACAAGAGCCAGUACCAAGAUCAGCCCAUGGUGCAGCUGUGUAUGAUGAUAAACUAUGGAUAUUUGCAGGAUAUGAUGGAAAUGCAAGAUUGAAUGACAUGUGGACUUGUAAUUUAGUGGGUGAAAAUCAUCAGUGGGAGCGUAUCGAGCAAAAGGGCGAAUGUCCCCCGACAAGCUGCAACUUUCCAGUGGCAGUGGCCCGCAAUAAAAUGUUUGUCUUUAGCGGACAAAGUGGCGCCAAAAUCACCAAUGCGCUUUUCCAAUUCGAUUUUGAAACUCAUACGUGGAGUCGUGUGUGCACGGAGCACCUGCUGCGCAGCGCGGGCCCGGCGCCGGCGCGCCGCUACGGGCACGUGAUGGUGCACCACGCGCGCCACCUGUACGUGUUCGGCGGCGCCGCCGACAGCACGCUGCCCUCCGACCUGCACUGCUACGACCUGGACACGCAGAUGUGGUCGGUGGUAAACCCAGCUCCUGACUCACAGAUUCCGUCAGGUCGCUUGUUCCAUGCGGGUGCGGUGAUGGGUGACGCUUUGUACAUCUUUGGUGGUACUGUCGACAAUAAUGUCAGAAGUGGCGACCUCUAUCGCUUCCAGCUAUCGAACUUCCCGCGGUGCACGCUGCACGACGACUUCGGGCGCAUCCUCAAGUCGCAGCAGUUCUGCGACGUGACGCUGCUGGUGGGCGCCGACCAGACCGCCGUGUUCGCGCACCAGGCGAUGCUCGCCGCGCGCAGCCAGUACUUGCGGGCUAAGAUCAAGGAAGCACGUGAAGAACUAGCAAAACGUAUAGCAGCUGGCGAGGAAGAAGCAGAAGCAGAAUUUUCGUACAAAUCUCGUCCUCAGCUCACGGUCAUAUUGCCAGAGGCCACGCCGGAAGCGUUUCGCAUGGUGCUCAAUUACAUCUACACAGAUCGGAUUGAUCCCACUGAAAAGGAUGAGGACCCCGCGUCCCCAGCGACGAUCCUGCUGGUGAUGGAGGUGCUACGGCUCGCGCUGCGGCUGAGCAUCCCGCGGCUACGCGGCCUGUGCGCGCGCUACCUGCGCGCCAACCUGUGCUACGGGAACGUGCUGCCCGCGCUACACGCCGCGCACCAGGCGGGCUUGCAUUGUAUCAAGGAGUACUGUUUGAGGUUCGUGGUUAAAGAGUACAACUUCACGCCGAUCGUGAUGUCCGCGGAGUUUGAGCGCAUGGAGCAGCAGCUGAUGGUGGAGGUGAUCCGCCGCCGCCAGCAGCCGCCCAGCAAGAAUCCCGCCGCCGCGCAACAUGACGCUGACGAUGAGAUUAUUGGCACGACACUCGAGCAGGACAUGUGCGUGUUCGUGUCGGGCGGCGGCGCGGAGCUGGCGGACGUGAAGCUGCGCGUGGGCGGCGGCGCGCGGCCCGCGCACCGCUCGAUACUCGCCGCGCGCGCCGCCUACUUCGAGGCGAUGUUCCGCUCCUUCUCGCCGCACGACAAUAUUGUUAAUAUUCAAAUUUGCGACACGGUCCCCUCUGAGGAGGCAUUCGACUCGCUGCUGCGCUACAUCUACUACGGUGACACCAACAUGCCCACAGAAGACUCGCUGUAUCUCUUCCAAGCACCUAUAUAUUAUGGAUUCACAAACAACCGCCUGCAAGUGUUCUGCAAGCACAAUCUGCAGAGCAACGUGUCGCCGGAGAAUGUUCUAGCAAUUCUGCAGGCGGCGGACCGAAUGCGAGCCGCUGAUAUAAAGGAGUACGCAUUAAAGAUGAUCGUGCACCACUUUGAAUUGGUGGCACAUCAAGAUGCGAUCAGGAACUUGGCACAGCCCUUACUAGUAGACAUCAUCUGGGCGCUAGCGGAAGAGCCUCGCCACGACACCCCCCUCCCUCUCCAACCUCGCUCCCUCCCCUCCUCCUCCUCCGCUGAUACUCUCGUUGAGGACACUGAGUACAGCCGCCAUAGGAGCACCAAGUAGUAUGAGAAUGGUACUGGUGUAAUAACU